AUGAGUGAGCAACUUAAUCCACCAGUGUGUGCAGCAGUAUCAUUACUUGAUGAUCAAGGAAUCGAGAUACAUGCAAGAACCUUGUUUCGCUGUAUACUUGACAGCCCGUUCCCAUCAAACAUACCUGGGCCUGAAACUAUGACCACAUUAAGCAAUUUAAGCUUACGAUUCUCUCAAAGUCUGUUUUAUCCACGACCACGCAGAAUUGAGAUUUUUUCUAAAGAUGAAGGUGUUAUCAUUGUGUGA